AAUGUUUUAUGCGGAAUUUCAACUACGUUGCUAGUGUAAAUUAUAAAUUGAUUAGGCAUGUCGGACUUUACAUGGGAGGAAAUAUCUAAGAUUAGCGAAGAUGACAUAGACAUAGACAACGCAGAUUACUACUGCGAACUUUUUGGAAAUGGAGAUGUAGGAAAUUGGGAUGACAAGGAUAAACUCAAAUACGUUUUUCAAAUAAUGCAGGUCCUUCUCAAUCUGAAGUGGGAACAGUGGAAGUUUGCAGAAUCAAGCUUAGACGAUAAGAAUGGAGAGAUUGACAAUCUAAAAGACCAAAUAAAGGAAUUGGAGCACGAGAAUAAAGACCUCCAGAAAGCUGUCUCUGCUUGCGGUCUUGAUAGAGGUAACAUUGGAGAAGCCAGACGACUAGAAUUUGCGGUGGUGAAGUUGGAAUCCGAAUUGGAGUCUUUAAGAAUAGCUAAAGAUGUCUCAUUCAAAGAAAAGGAAGAAUUGAUGAAUGAAAAGCGUGAACUGGAACGCAGAAUAGAGCUUAUUUCUAAGGAAAAUAGAGAGCUUCUGGAACGUUAUGAGUACCUACAUAUACAGCUCCAGGAUCGCUCUAGCCUAUAUGGUAAAUCUAACGAAGAGGCCAGCUAUAGGAAAGAAAUUUCCUCAUUACGUGCAAAAAUUCGAGUCCAGAAGGCUGAGAUAGACGCAUUAGAAGACGAAAAACAAAACUUGUGGAAUGAUGUGAAGCGUCUUGAGAGCAAUCUGAAGCAAGCUAGCUUGGAGAUUGAUCGAGCGACAGAUGACUACGUUCGCAUGAAAGAAGCAUUGACUGAAGCCGACAGAAGUCAUGCUGAGAAAACAGCUGAGUGCAAUCUUUUGCGUGCACAAGUGGCCAGUCUUUCAGAAAAGAUUGACCACCCCGAAGAAGCGAAUGACUUUAUCAUGAACGUUGUUGAACAGAAGAUAGAAGAAUGGAAAGAGAUUUUGGCAGAUAAGGAUAUGGAAAUAGUAAAGCUUAAUAAACAGUUGAAUGAGAUAUCUCAGGAGGUACGUGAUUUGAAAGCUGAUUCGGAUAAGACGAGUGUACGAGCAUUAGUUCAAACUAUAAAAGACCGUGAUGGCCAAAUACAAUCCCUGAAAAAUCAACUUACUGAUGCUACAAAUGAGGUCGAGAAGAGUACUGCCCUUCUAAAGGACUUUGCUAAACAGGCAGACGAAAAUGAAUUUGGUGGCAACAAUCGCAAAGCUGAUCGCAUUGCGGUAUUAAAGAAACAACUUCAGGAAAAAGAUAACUUUAAUGCUGAAUUGGAGAAAAGAUUGAAGCAUGUAGAAGAAGCUGCAUAUUUACAAGCUAAUGAAAUAACUGUUUUGGAAAAACAACUAAAACGUUAUGAAGAGGGCGAAUAUGGUUUAUCAGAAGCUAUAUCGGAGCUGAAAGCGACACGAUUACAGUUAAACUCGAAAGAAAGGCAGCUGGAAGAAAUAUGUCGUUUAGCAAGUCAAGCUGAAUCAUCUUUGAAUGAAAUAAAUCUGGAGAAUGAACAUUUAAGAAAUAAAUUAGGGAUUCCACUAAAUGAGACAAUCGAUUUGAACGGUUACAGACGUCAGAAAAGAGCAAAGAAGGAAGAGGAAUGUGCUGUAAAUAUAAUUUUACAGAAAGAAAUCGAAAAGUUGGAAGAUGAGAGGCUAGAACUAAAACGAAAGCUGCGUAACCUUGCGGGUCAACUAGGCCAACAGUAUGGUUUAUCAGAUUCCCAUGUUGAUGGAGUACUUCUUGGUAAUUUGACUCAGGCUGAUGAAGAGGUAAUAUCUGCACGUUCUGCUAAAGCAGUCUCAGCCUCAAUAUCUGAUCUAAAAGAUAAACAUUCAGCAGGUGAAAAUGAGUUGGUAAAUCUUCCAGAAAUAUGGAAGGCAAGAUUCAAAGUACUGGAUGGUGAACUGGCUCAAGCCAUUAUGCAAAUUGAAGAGGGACAUAAGAAACAAGACAAGCUAGAAACCCGUUUGAAACAAAUUACUGAAGCGAAUAUACUUUUAGAAAAUGGUUUCAAAGAAAUUCAAAAGCAAAUACGCUCUUAUGCUAAAUCAAAGGAUCAAGUUGACAUGGGAAAGGCAGGACAACAAAAUGAGAUUAUUAACAACUUGAAAUCGACAGAUGAAAAUGUGGUACUUGACUGUCCAUCUUUGGAUAAGUUAUUAGCUGCACUAGAUGCAAAGAAUAUAGCGGACGAUGUGGAUACUGGAAGAUAUUUAAAAUCUAGAGUUGACCACCUUGAAGGAGCAAAUCAGGAGUUACGUUUUCACCUGCGUGAUACACGAUUAAAUAGCGCGACGAAUGAGGUGAAACUGAACCAAGCAUAUGAUCGAAUUAAACAGCUUGAAUCACAGCUUAAAUCCCUUGAUACACUGGAUAAUGAUUUGUCACAUCCAAAUCAAGCAUAUCCCACCAAUCAGAUUUCACUUCCAAAAGAUCUCAAUCCUGAUGCAGCUAAAACCAUUCUAACACUGGAAGAGCAUCUAUUAACGAUGGUGAAAGAUAUUAACGACAAAAAUACACAACUGAUGUCUUUUGAUAAACAAAUGGAAGGUGCACGAAGAAAGUAUGCAGUUUGUAAACAUCGUCAAGGUUUACUAUACCGUGACUUUUAUAAUGAACGUGAGGCUUGGAAAAAAGAGAAGGAAAAACUUGAACAACGUAUAGAACGUUCGGAAACCAGAGCUAAUGAUUUGGAAGUUCAUAAAACCGAAUUGAUACGUCUACAGGAUAUGUUAUCAAGUUUAGACUCCUCUAGUGAUAAUAAAGAACAAAGUGAAAAUUCAUCUAUUAAACAGAAGAUUGCUGACCAGUCACGACAGUUAUUAUUACUACGUGUUAAUGAAGCUGGUCUCCUCCGGCGAUAUGCUGCAACACAAGAACGUGAAGCAGCCUUGUCUAAGGAAAAUACAAGCCUGAAAAGCGACCUUAUACAGCUGGAAUCAGCUGUUAGUGCACGGUUGAAUUAUUAUGCAAGAUAUAAAGAAAUUGCAGCAUUUCAAAUACAGAAAUUACAAAAGUCUUUGGAUAGUUGCGUCACAGAGGAUGAAUUGAAUAGUCUAAGAAAUGAAUAUGAAACACUGGCUAUAAAAUACAGGGAAUUACUAGAACGCGAUUCUGAUAGUGUUAGUAAUCAACUGGCUUUAAAGUCAACUCAGGCCAAUUUAGAUGCUCUAAAGAAGCAACAUAAUGAACUGAAAGAACAAUUGGCGAUUGAAAAGGAAAGAAGAUACCUCCUAGAAAGUUCUGGAAUUCAACUUCAGACAAAUACCACUAAACAUGUUCAGAUCGAAGACGAUAAAUCAGAUAUGAAUAUUGCUAAGCGUCUGGCUUUAGUAGAAAUGAAGGAGUUAAAUGAACGUGAGCGUGCUAAUCAUGCACAAAGCAUGCUAAAAACGAUCCAGGAUGCUAACAAGCAAUUGGAAAACAGAAAUAGAGAACUCGAAGAUAAAUUUAACAAACUUACCAGGUCUUUAAUGGAAUUACAGAAAACUGAACAAAAACUAAGACAAGAAUAUGCAAAGGCUGUUCCUAUAUCUAUUCAUCGUGAGCUUGAAACCAAAAACACGGAAUUAGAACAGGCUGAUCUAAAACUUCGUCAUGAAAUUGAUCAGUUAAAAGAAGUCACUUUAAUUUCAAUGAACCAGCAUCAAAAUUUAGAAGAUCAGCAAAAUAAUCAAAUGAUAGAAAUAAAGAACCUACGCGAACAGAUGAGUGAACUGGAAUCUAAAGAUGACUCUAGAGCAAAUCUAGCUCGCCUUCAUCGUCUUGUAACACGGAUGCAGAUAUCAGAAUCUACUGCACUGCGUCGUUUAGCAUCAACUCAAGUGAGAGUAAACCGUUUGGAAGCAGAUUUACUAAAGUCUGAGAAACGAUUAACUCUAAAAGAAAAUGAAUUAACAUGCUUGUACAACAAGUCACGUGAGCGUGAAAGAAGAUUACGUGAAACAAUUACAAUUUUACGUCAAAGGUAUGCUGGUUGUAUACCUCUUGGACAACAAGAAAAAGUGUCUAAUCGUCUAUCAGAAGCACUUCAUCAGUGUAUGUCCAGUCAUUUAGCACUUGAGGAAGCUGUGAAUGCUAGGAUAAAAGCUGAAUCUACGAUUGAUGGAUAUGAAGAAAAGAAACAUUUAACAUCAGAAAUCCAGAAUAUUUUAACAGAAUACAAUAAGCAACAUUCAAAUGACAGUAUUAACAAAAAUUUGGAAAGGAAACUAUUAGAAUGGCAAGAACGACUGAGUGAUCUACGUGUUUCAGAGUCAUCACAACGUCGUCAGGUUGAAAGAGUAAAGGAACAAGUACAUCAUUUGGAAUCUCUUGUACAAAACCAAGAAGCUCAACUAAACCAACUAGAAUUAGAAAAUUCACGCCUAGUUAAAGAAUUAGAUCAACGUGAAACUCAGUGGGAACAACGUGAAGCUGAAUUAGAAGGGGCUUUAGAAAGUAAUACACAAUCUGAAAACAUAAUAUCGGAAAAUCUGAGUGAACUAAAAUCGAUUCCUAUGCUCCUGACAAAUGAAGACAUUGAACCGGUAAUGGAUCAGAUUAAUCAAAACGCCAGCUUUAAUGAACAGCAAACACCACAUGGGACUUCACAAAAACCAAUGCAAAAAUCUGAUCACCAAAUAAUAGGAAAAUUGACAAAUGAAAACACAGCACUUCGAAAGCGUCUCACUCAACUGUUACAGCUUCUACGCGCUCAGGAUUGUAAAUUACAAAAUGUAAUCAACCAUCCUUCUACGGUGCAAAAUCCAGAUACACAAUCCACAAUAGCUGGUCUGCGUGCCAAUAUGGAAUUACUGCAGCGUCGACUAAAUGGAAAAGAGGAGAGUCUCACAAGGGUUAAUGAACUGCUUAGACAGGCCUAUGAAGCGAAUGAGCAGUCAAACGAGAGGCAUCGACAAGAAAUUGCUAUUUUACAGAAUAAACUUCAAAAUAAAAUGGAAGACACCAUGCUGCAAUUAGCGCAAAAGGUAGAAUCUGUCGGCCGACAAGAAACAUCUAAUAUGCAUAUGAUUGAACUGAAGAAACGAUUAAGUGAAUUAGAAGAGGCUCUAAAUGAACAAAACCAAGCUGUAUUUCGUCAGGCUGAAAGAACAAAAAUUAUACAGCAAGAGUGUGACCUAUGGCAGCUGAAAUACAACCAGCUACAAACAAAAAUUGAGGCCGAGAAGACCAGUGUCGAAGAUUUACAUAGACAAGAAAUUGUGAAAUUAACCUCACAUAUUGAACAGUUACAAAAAGAACUAGACAGACGUAAUGAAAAACUAAAUGAAUUGGGUAAUGAAAUUAAACGCUGGAAAACAGAAGCAAGCAAAUCCCCAUCAGUAAUGCAACGUCAGUUAACUGAACGCCUACGCAUUGAUCUAAUCGAAAAAGAAAAACAAAUUCGAGCCCUAUCAAAAGCACUAGGAGAACUACGCCAAGAUCUCGUAAGGCAAGCUGAACAAGCUGUUCUGGCUACCAAUUCACUGCCUUCGGUUCAGUCUGUACCCCCAGUGAGAGACAUGAAAGAAAAGGAUACUGUCAAUGAGACAGAAAUAUUGCCAAUUAGCACAAAAUCUGUUGAGUCGACAGGGCGACCUCAAGUGGAUAAAAUUAAAGAUGAAAUUAAAAAUCAGCAAGGUGAAAUACUAAAACUUGAGGAAAUAAACAAAAAGCUUGAAUUAGAAUGCAAGGAGUUACACAGUCAGCUGGAACGUGUUAAAAGUAUCAGAGCGUUAGAUGCUCCCCAACAGAAGAUUGAUGAACUGACUCGGAAGAAUCGAAUGCUUGAGGAUGAAAUUAGCAGAUUAAGAAUGAUACCUGAAAAGCCAUAUCAAGAAUCAAAUAAAAAUAACAAAGAUUCUGAAAUGUCAUCCAUGAUACGAGCCAGCUUGGCAAAUGAAUGGGAAGCACGUAAACGUUUGGAAGCGGAAAUAAAUAAAGUUAAAGAACAAUUGACUAAAAAGACUUCAGAAUUGAAUUCAUUACAUAAGCAACUAGAACUAACUAGAAAUGCACUUGAACGAACAAACAAACAAAAUGAACAACUAAGAAAGAAAGUUCACGAACUAUGGGGACCUGGAGAGACCUGUGACCAAACACAUGAUCCGAAUACAGAGGCAAAGAAAGAAAGUACAACUGAGUCAUCAGUUUCAAAUGUUGCUGAACGUGUUGAGCUGCACAAACAAGUUGAACAGUUACAAUCUGAAGUCGAGAGGCUUAGAAGAGCUCAAAGAAUGGUAGCAGGUUUACCACCUGGCACAAAAUCUAUGAAUACAGAUGCUAUGCUAAUACAAAGUGCAGAGAUGCGAAAUAAGAUUUUGUCAGACCGCAUACAAGAUUUGGAAAAGCAACUGGUCGACAAGGGUUUUGUCAGUCAGGCAAAAAUGCAGUUGGAAGAAGCCAUCCAGCGUGACUUAUUACGGCUGAAUAAUGAAAAUAUGGAACUUAAGUUUGAACUAGAAACUUUGAAAUCAGACGCAUCACGUUAUAAAACUAGAAUCCACGACUUGCAAAUCUAUGUUGACUUACUGAAACAAGAAAAAGAAUUGCUGCGUUCUGGUCAAAAUCUGGACAAAUCGUUCAGUUCCGAUAGCAGUACAAUGAGUAAUAUCAAAAGAAUUGGUGAGAGUGGAAAAUCUCCUAAAGAGUUGGAAAAAAUUAUUGUUUGCUUGAAAAAAGUAUUGAAACGCAGUCAAGCUGAAAACGAGCGUUUGAAGUGUGCACCGGGACCGGUAUCUCAAAGUCAGUUACAACAAUAUAAAGCAGAAAUCAAACGAUUGCAAAGUGAGUUAGAAACAGCGCAGUUAGUCGCUGGAGCUAGACUGUUAGAUCGGCGAGUGGCAAAUGAACAGGGAACCACUAAAUUAAUGCAUGAGUAUGAUAAUCUAAGAAAAAGUUAUGAAGAGAUCACAACAAAGAAUCAAGAGAUGAAAAACCAAAUGCGACAGUUACGCCAAGAAAUGGACAAAAUAAAGAACACUCCUGAGAAUUGGAACCCUGACAAGCGAACGGAUGAAGAUCAAUCAUGAUAUUUAUUUAUACUAUCAUAACACAAUGAACUAUAAACCAUACUUAUUCUUUUACACAAAAUCAUUAUUAUUGUUAUCGUGUACGAUGUUAUGGAGAAAAAAACAAAUAAACUCACGUGCUUGUUUUUUUCUGGUGGACUUGGCUGAUAUGGAGGCAAUUAAAGAUAGACUAAGUCUUGUUAUUAGCGCAAUGUUAUCACUUUACUGAUUAUGAG